CUCCGCUGUCGUGUGCGAUACAUCGGCAACGAGCGGCCGAAUUGAACGUGGCUGUGGUAGAGGGGCGAUCGCACACGUAAUCGCUCAGCGUGCCAGCCAGUGUAAACAACCGGAGGCGUCCGCGAGUGACAGCGUCGUCGUGGUCCCCGCGGCGACACGGUGAGUGCCGAUAAGCCAAAGCAGCCAGUAAGCACAAGAUCUACUAAAUAAAUAGUAUGCGCUCCUAAUACCGCGGGGAGUCGGGACACACACGUAGUAUCCGCCUUGGCUUCCUGGCCUUUGAUAAUCAUAGCGAAAGGAAGGGUUGGUCAGGAGCGGCUGACGAUCAACGGCAUUGAGACGUCUUCGACGCGACCGAGGCGCAGCCGCGACUGUCGAAGAUGAGGUCGAGGGUAGGUGGUGUCAGCGUUGCCGGCGGCCUCUCGCUUCUCUGCGCAUACGUCGUCGUGGCCUCGGGGAAGCUGAUGCGCGGAGACGGUGCCACGAAUAUCGAGGAGGACGAGACCUGUUACUCGUUCGCCGGGGGCACCGUUUAUCCGAGCAGCUCGAAACACGACGGUCACCAGCUGCACACGACCAAGGCUGUCAUUGGAAAGAAGGCGCCGUAUUUCGAAGGAACGGCAGUCGUUAGAGGAGAAUUCAAAGAAAUAAAGCUUACGCAGUACAAAGGAAAAUAUUUAGUAUUUUUCUUUUAUCCUCUUGAUUUCACUUUUGUUUGCCCAACAGAAAUAUUGGCCUUCUCCGACCGAAUAGACGAAUUCAAAAAACUUAACGUCGAAGUCGUGGCCGCAUCCGUCGACUCGCAAUUUACUCAUUUGGCAUGGAUUAAUACUCCGAGGAAAGAAGGCGGUCUUGGAAACAUUAAGAUUUCCCUACUUUCCGACCUCACUCAUAAAAUUGCCAAAGAUUAUGGCGUUUAUCUGGACGACUUGGGCCACACUCUUCGUGCACUAUUUAUAAUAGAUGGAAACGGAAUUCUCCGACAAAUCACAAUGAAUGAUCUUCCGGUUGGCCGAUCGGUCGAUGAAACCUUGAGGCUCGUUCAAGCUUUUCAAUAUACAGAUGAUCAUGGGGAAGUUUGUCCAGCUGGCUGGAAACCAGGACAAGAUACCAUUAUUCCUAAUCCAGUGGAUAAGAAGAAAUUUUUCUCUAAAAAUCAAGUAUAAAGUUUGUAUCGUCUUUUAUACGUUAAAACAAAAUCGAGAAUAAAUGGUUGUUUUAAUAAA